AUGGCCGACUCAGACGAGGACUUCGUCCUCUCAAGCUCUGGUGAUGACCGGCCAAAAGCUAGAGGAGCAGGGGGAGGUGGUGGUGGUGGUGGUGGUGCGGCAGGUUCCUCCCGUCGCUCGACGCGUAAGUCGAAAAGAGCAGACGGUGCACCGGCACCUGGCGCGACUAAACGUGAGAAGUGGGAGGAUAUCCAAAGAUCUUGGGAUAAUGUUGUUGAAGGUGCCGAUGGGAGUAUUGCCGGUACGGUUAUUGGAUUACUCGAGGCUACGAAACGGAAGAGACUCUUAAGAGACACAACUCCAAUCCAGCGCGGAAUAAUCCGUCAUCUGGUCUUAAUCCUCGACCUCUCCUCCGCCAUGUUAGAAAAGGAUCUCAGACCGACUAGGUUCCUCUUAACCCUUCGUUACGCUCGCGACUUCGUAACAGAAUACUUUGAGCAAAACCCUAUAAGUCAAUUGAGUAUUAUUGGCAUGCACGAUGGGUUGGCAUUAAGAAUCAGCGAUAUGGGUGGAAACCCUGCGGAUCAUUUGACGGCGUUGCAGGAGAAGGCGUUUACGGUUGAACCGAAGGGGGCGAGUAGUUUGCAGAAUGCAUUGGAGAUGGGGAGGGCGGAGUUAUUCCACACACCAACCCACGGAACCCGUGAAAUCCUUCUAAUCUUUGGUGCAUUAUCAUCAUCCGACCCCGGUGAUAUCCACGACACAAUAAACUCUCUCAUAGAAGACAGGAUCCAAGUACGAAUCGUAGGAUUGGCCGCACAAGUCGCAGUAUGCAGGGAACUAGUAAUGAAAACUAACGAUGGAGAUGACUCCGCCUACGGUGUCAUCCUCGACGAAGGUCACUACCGCGAACUCAUGAUGGCAGCUACAACCCCACCGGUAACAAAAACCGAGGAAAAAAGCGUUCCAAGUCUCCUCAUGAUGGGGUUCCCAUCAAGAACGGUUGAAAAACAUGAAUCGCUUUGCUCGUGCCACUCAAACCUCACAAAAGGCGGCUACAUCUGUCCUAGAUGUACCGCAAAAGUCUGCUUCUUACCCACGGAAUGUCCUUGCUGCGGGUUGACUUUGAUCUUAUCCACACAUCUGGCAAGAUCUUAUCACCACCUAUUCCCACUAAAGAAUUGGGUAGAGGUCCCCUGGUCAGAAGCACACACAUCAACCCACUGCUGGUCCUGCCAAUCCCCAUUCCCAACAAACCAAUCCCAAACUUCAUCCAUAAAAAUAAAAAUCAGAAACCCAAGUACCACCGCCGCCACCGCAACAGCAAGUAGAUCAAACGGCGCUACUACUACCUCCACCGCCCCAAAAAACGAUCAUCAACAACAACAACAACAACCGCCCCAACCGCCAACCCAACGCUACGCCUGCACAGACUGUAAAACCCACUUUUGUAUCGACUGCGACAUCUUCACUCACGAAUCAUUACAUAACUGUCCCGGCUGCCAGUCCCUCUCCGAGGAAAGGGUAAAAGCCCGUGCGAAUAUGUGGCCGCCGAGUAUUGGAGAUGGAACUGCGGAUGCGGCCGGUGAGCCGACAUCAUCGAGUAUGAGGACACAAGUGGCCGAAGCUACGAAGAUGUUGGAAAAUUCAAAGAUUGCGCCGGGCUCGUCGAUGGAGGUCGAAAACUAA